AUGGUCGAAACAGCUACCACUACAACAAUCACGCGCACCACAUCGAGUGCAGCGCCCAACUCGCAUGCUGCCCCAUCGGCCACGCCCUCGCCCACCGCGGCCCAGGCGCAGCGGAACGAUGAGACAACGCGUCUCAUUUACAAUCUCAAGAUUAUUGCCUUCCUGUGCCUGCUGCCGUUCGUGCUGUUCGCCGUGUUCCUCAAGCACCUGCUGGACUACCUGUUCGCCCUGGGCCUCAAGGAGAAGGAUGUGAGCGGCAAGGUGGCACUGGUAACAGGCGGUGGCAGUGGCUUGGGUCGUGAGAUCUGUCUGGAGCUGGCGAGACGAGGCUGCAAAGUGGCCGUGGUUGAUGUCAAUUCGAAAGGCUGCUACGAGACGGUGGAGCUGCUAUCGAAAAUUCCACGCUGCAUGGCGAAGGCAUAUAAGAACGAUGUCUCAUCGCCACGCGAACUGCAAUUGAUGGCUGUUAAGGUUGAGAAGGAACUGGGACCUGUCGAAAUUCUGGUCAACAAUGCUUCGCUGAUGCCAAUGACAUCGACGCCGAAUCUGAAAAGCGAUGAGAUCGACACUAUCCUGCAGCUUAAUCUGGGCUCCUACAUUAUGACAACAAAAGAGUUUUUGCCAAAGAUGAUAACACGAAAAUCUGGACACUUGGUGGCAGUCAAUGCAUUGGCAGGUCUUGUGCCGCUGCCUGGUGCUGGCAUCUAUACGGCCACAAAAUAUGGCAUCAUGGGCUUUAUGGAGUCUCUGCGAGCCGAGCUGCGCCUAUCCGAUUGUGACUACGUUCGCACCACUGUGGCCAACGCCUACUUGAUGAAGACGAGCGGAGAUUUGCCGCUGCUCAGCGAUGCGGGCAUCUCGAAGAGUUAUCCCGGUCUGUCCACUCCUUAUGUGGCCGCGAAAAUUGUUAAAGGAGUUCUCCUGAACGAGCGCAUGAUCUAUGUGCCCAAGAUAUUUGCACUCAGUGUUUGGCUAUUCAGAUUGUUGCCAACCAAGUGGCAGGAUUUUAUGCUGUUGCGUUUCUAUAAUUUCGAUGUGCGCAGCUCACAUUUAUUUUAUUGGAAAUGAAGUAAAAGAGAGAGAGAGAGAGAGAGAGAGAGAGAGAGAGAGAGUGAAAAAGAGAGAGAAA